AUGGCGAAACGGAAAUCCGACGUCGAUGCGUCGGUGCAUCGCCAACCUCUUUGCGAUGCCCAGACCGACAACAGCACAGCAAAGUCCCAGCCACGCCAGAAACGCAAGAGAUCACCAGAUGAUCAAUCCGACAAUUCUGAACCACGGGAAGCGAAACGCGCUCGAAAAAGUCCAUGUCUCAGUCCAAGUUCAAGUGGCCCUACCGAUCGGAUCCUUGCCACAGAGCGAAAUCCACACCCAGAAGAAUCAGAGCCACUACGACAAUUCGUUAACGAAAUGUACGGAAGAGAUGUGCUUCUUCAUGAAGAAACCGAUAGCGACGCACCAUCAACGCCGGAUCUAGAAAGCCCAAGCCCAAGUCCAAGCGACUCUGCUGAUCCGACCAUGGCAUCGUGGCCACUGAGAGAAUGCAAUCCUCGCCCAAUAGAAGCUAGCUUGUGGGAGCAGUUUUGUAUGCAUUCACAUGCAGAUGCCGUGCGACUCCAUCAAGAGUACGAUGUUGAAAGACCUUCAACACCAGAGGCUUACAGACUUCACUCACCACCUUCGUCACCGGCGGUCUCUAAGCGGCGUGACCCUCUCACAAGAAACUCAUUCGGCACAUCCGAGGAACCAGAGAUUCCCACCAGUCCAAGUGAAUUACCCAAACCGAUCCUGCCACAGUGGCCACGAAUCUCUAGUCCACCUCCACUGCGGAAAUCUGUCUACGCUUUGUCGCGAGAAUGCGAUGACGACACACGGGCAACGAGUCCCAACCGACUUGGCAAACGCAAGCGAGUAUUGGAUUCUCAGUUUGGCAUUUCUGAGGAAUCAGGAGCGAAACGGGCUCGGACAAGUCCAAGUGAAUCGCCCGAACCGACUAUUGAUGACAACGUAUACCCAGAGGAGCCAAACGGGUCAGGGCAGUGGUACAUCCGAACAGACACAGGCUUGGUGGCCUUGGAUGAAUACGCCAGCGACGCAUCAGCAGAUCACGAAACCCCGCUACCAAGCUCAAGGCUUCAUGGUAGAGGCGCCGCUGGUUCUGUUCACGCGAGACAUCCCACGCCAGCAGGUUCCAAAGUGCUCUCUCCUCGACGCCCUAAGAAACUCGAAACGUUACCACCUCGAAGAAAACGACGACAGCCUCCCAAGAGGGGCAAAGAUGAAAGUAAACAGAACAAACCACGUGGUGAACCUCGUUUACUUGUUGUUGAGAUAAUUUUGCGUUCCAAACGAUCAUCCAGACGAGACCUCAAUUGCAAGUUGUGGCAGCUAGGGGACGACGGUACGGCAUGCACAGUAUCGAGGGUGAGGUGA